AAGGAGUGAGACAGAGAGAUAAUUUACUCGCUGGUUUCACAUUGACCGAUUUACCGAAUCCGGAUAUUGAUGGAUCCUGAUGGAAAUCCCUGCUUGAUUGCGGAUUGUCUGAUUUAUAUUUUUACGUUCCUGGAUGAGGAUGAUUUAGUGAGAGCCUCUGCUGUUUGUAAGGAUUGGCAUGAAGCUGCAGAGACCGCUUGGUUAUGGAGGAGGAUAUGUCUGCAGCGAUGGGGUUUCUGUAACCUUGGUGUGUUGGGGAGUGAUCAUGUGGAAAAUGCAUGGAAGAAGUAUUUUUUACGACGCUCCCACUUAGAGAUGAAGAUGAUGAAAGGCCGGUCCGGAGGUGAUUAUACCUGCAAAAGCCUCAGAGGCCACAGAGGACGUGUGGUAGGAUUGGUAUACCUGCAGGGGAAUUCAGCGCAGCAUCCGGAUCUCUGGACGAAGAGCGCCAUAGUCUGCAGUGCCUCCACUGAUGGAACGAUCCGAGCAUGGGACACACAAAAUGGUGAAGUUCUGUGGUGCAGUCCCAUGCAGAGUCCUUUGACACAGAUAAUAAGUGAUGAACAACAUGAAGUCCUGAUCACCGCAGACUCCACAGGUCUCAUCAAGACAUGGCAGGGUCAAACUGGACAGGAGGGGGCCUCCUUUUCAACUGGAUCUCCAUAUUGUACAAUAGCACAAUACAGCAUUGACAACGCCUGGUUUCUGUCUGUAGGGACCAGUCAAGGAUCUGUGUGUACACUAGCUGGUUCAGCUUUGACUAAAAAGUCCAGUAUAGUUGUGUGUGAUGCCUUUAAAAUCGACAUUCUCUUAGUUUCACCUGACAAGAAAUGGAUCGCAGCCGGAACCAAAGACAGCAACGAUUUAAGUCCAAAGGUCAUCUAUACUGAGAGUUUGGUCUCUCCAUCAGAGGAUGAAGAGCCUCUGUGCCAGUCUGUGCCCAUCAAUAAGUGCAGGGCAGCCGUCUUUGUACCCACCCAACCUGCCAGACUGGCCCUUAUAAAUCACAGCCAGCACACAAACAACAACGCCCUCACUAUCUUUGAUGUCAGCAUGAAAAAGACGAAGUAUAAGACAAAAAUCCAGGUCCAGCAGGUGGAGUCCUUUCCUUUAACACAGAAAAGCUCAGCUUCACAAGUCCUUCUAGAGGCCAAGGACAGUAACUGCUUCCUGGUGGCAGCUGAACAGGAGCUGUGGGUUUAUUCUCUGAAAGGAGCCCUGCUGGCCAGCUUCAAAGACCAUAUAAUGGCAAUCUCCUCAGUAUGUGUGGAUAGCUUUCGCGUUGUGACGGCAUCUCAGGAUCUGUCCUUGCGAGUACUGACAUGGAGAAAUGACAGAGACCACGGGCUGACUCUGGAGAGCCGAUACCACUUACUAGGUGGCUCGCACACAAUGUCCAGAGGAUUCACUCACGUUGCUUGUGACUACUCCAGCAUCGUGGCCUCAGUCGAAGGCAAAGAUGGAAAAGAUGUCUUAAAGGCUUAUUCUUUCACCUCCUGAUUAUCACUGCCAUACAAAAGACAACUGCCGCACAGUUUGCUUGUUGCACUGAGUAACAAGACAUUAACAUUGUAUUUACAUGAUUGGUGAGAACCUAUAACUAUAACCUGUAAUGGUGUGGCUGUUUUAUGUACUGAUAAUUUGUCCAACAUACGGGGUAAAGUUGUGUUAAGUUGGAAUGUUCUAUGACGCACACCCAAAUGUCCUCAGACCACUUAAUGUUACAAACUGGAUUUGACCUGACUGCUUUACGUACAGUCAUGAUGCAUGCCCAGAUGUCAUCAUUUGUGUGCAGUCUAAACUGAUAAAACCAAGCGCUUCAUAUCUGUCUGGGACAAAAAAUAGAGGUGCCCGAUGGAACGUUUCGUUAUUGCUUAUCACGCUGACACAAGCAAGGUCAUCACAAAGUUUUGAUAUGACACAUACCGCUUGAACAAACAAUGCAUGUCACCCGCUUACCACGUCAACGAUGCACCAGUAUUUGCAGCCAAUCACAUAGCUUCAUUGAUACACGACGGCAGGGUAAGACCGCCCACCUGGGGGCAGGUGGAGGGCAAGAAUAAGAACAGCUCAGCCCUAAUGUCGGGGCUCUUUGUUGGAACGGUGCAUAUGACGUUUUGCUUCUGGAAGACCCCAGCGCUGUCUUAGUGACUUGGUUCUCAGUGUAGGUAUCUCUUAAUAUAACAUCUCUUUUUUUUUUAAGUCCGUCUCCUGUCUGUUACAGAGUUCGUUCACCACAUAAAACUACCGGGUGGGGUUCAGGCAGGCAGAAAAAACCCAACAGUUACAUAUAAAAUAAUUUUUAUGACAAAGCACAAAAACAGAUUAUAUUACCUACGUCAAAGGGAAGACAAUCGUGUUGAGUUUCUGUUCUUCCCUGAUGGCUAUAGUUCUCAUGUCAUGAAGGGCACAGCUUAGGACAGUUGUCAUGGUUUCAUACACUUUUCUUCCAUCCUCUGAUUUAUUUUCUUUCUGCCCAAAAGCGAACAAGAUAGUAUAGGUGUAAAUCAAAAAAUGUAAUAAUCAUAAUAAUAAUGGAUGAGG